GGGGCGGCGUGAGAGAGAGAGGAGGGGGGGGAGACUUCUCAAUGGACCGAGGGCUUGAGAACGACGCCGAAAAGACUAGCUAACAACAGAGCACUUUUGGUGCCUUUCGGCUGUUUUGUGGAUUAACCUUUUAAGGGUUCACGCGCACUGAUUUCGAUCCUCGCCUGGGAUUAUUUGCAAGAGUGGCGGAAAAGUUUGGAGCGCCGCGCUGGAAGAGCGACCAACUCCCGUGUGUUGUUUUCCAAGAGUUGGAAAAAUAUUGGGCAUUGUUUCUCAUAUUCUCGUCGAAACAGCGAGAGGUGGAGAGAACUCUCCUUAUUCAAAUGCAGUUUUAGUUGGUCUUUCUUGAAGAAGGUUCGGGCCAGUUAGCGCUGUUUGUUUUCGCGAGACGUCUUCAUUUGAAAAGGAAAGUCUGGAUACUUUUAACCCCCAGCCUAUGCGUGCUCGUAUUUCCUGAAGUUAGCUAGCUAUGUGUGUUAUCUUUAGUUGACGGCAGCUGUCUUGUGGAGUUAAUCGAAGUAAAGUCGGCCUGGGACUCUCCUGGCAACAAAGAAUCUUUUUUUUCACGCCAACAUGAGUCUACGAGCGCAUUCCUGAUCUCCUUAUUGAUACUUUUUUUUCGCGUCGGCGGAUCAGCGGGGAGAGGCUGAGUUUUUAAACCGAACCUCAUCGGAUAACACAAAGGAUGUCCGACGAACUUCGUGUUGGAUUGAUUGACGCCAGGGGCUCGGGGCUUAAUCCAUGCCAAACAUGGAAAAGAAACCCGUCUGUGUGGGGAAAGAGGGGGGAUGUAUAGCUACACAAUGACCUGAGCGAGUAGAGUAAAGGAGUUUGUGUUUCGAGACAUUUAAAAAAAAAUUGAGCGUUGCUACUAGUUGCCUCAGAUAGAUAGCGAAGCCAUUCAGGAGAAAAAACACUCGGGGCGGAGGGGCUUGCUGUGUUUAUAUGCUAAUUUAUACUCCCCCGGCUCUUCACCUAAUUUAUUACUCCCCCCCCCCCCCCGCUCUUUACUGCGCUCUGCUACGGGGAAGAUUUUUCAAAAAUAUGUGGCUCGGCGUGGCACAUCUCCUGCAGUUGUUUGCAAUCGCAGUGUUGUUGGGUGAUAGCCUCUCUGCAUCAUCGGAGUGUAAAUCAGAACGCUCCAAAAGCCCAGGGAAAGGUUCCCCGUCCGUAGGCUCCUCGGCCGACCGGAAGGGAUCCCCGUCCGUAGGUUCGGCGGACCGGAAGGUGGUGUGCAGCAGUCUGGAACUCCAUCAGGUGCCGCCGCCGGAGACCUUCCCCAACCGGACCGUCACCCUGAUCCUGACCAACAACAAGAUCCAGGAGCUGAAGAAUGGUUCUUUCUUGGGCCUGUCCCUGCUGGAGAGACUUGAUCUCCGGAGUAACCUGAUCAGCAGAAUUCAACCCGGAGCCUUCCAGGGUCUGUCCUCACUCAAACGCCUGGACCUGUCCAAGAACCUGAUUGGCUGCUUAAAUGGAGACAUUUUCAGAGGCCUAAGUAGCCUGGCCAGACUGAACCUGACAGGAAAUGUGUUCUCCUCCCUGUCCGAGGGGACUUUUGACAGCCUCACGUCUCUCAAGACGCUUGAGUUCCAGACUCCACACCUGCUGUGUGACUGUAACCUGGCCUGGCUGCUACGCUGGGUGAAGGAGAGGGGCGUGGCCGUGAAGGACACACACUGUUCGUACCCCCGAUCCCUACAAGACCCCCUCAUCACCUCACUCAAGCCUGAAACACUCACCUGUGACCUGCCUCUGGAGCUGCCCUCGUUCCAGAUGAGCCCGUCCCAGCAGCAGGUGGUGUUCCAGGGGGACUCGCUGCCCCUGCAGUGCCAUGCCUCGCUGGUGUCCGCCGACAUGCAUCUCCUCUGGUACCAGAACGGGCAGAGGGUCGAGCCCAACGCCACCAUGGGCAUCUACAUAGAGAAGAGCAGCGUACACAACUGCUCCCUCAUCGCCAGUGCCCUGACCAUCUCUAAUGUGCAGCUGGGUUCUGCGGGGAGCUGGGAGUGUCGCGUGCGCACGAGUCGGGGGAACACCACGCGCACCGUCAACAUCAUGGUUCUGGACGGUUCCGCCAUGUACUGCCCCCCGGACCGGGUCUCCAACAACAAGGGGGAGUUCAGGUGGGCGCGUACGUUGGGGGGCAUCACAGCAUCUCUGCCCUGCGGGCGGCCCAAGGGGGGCGGGGCGGGCAUCUACCUGGGCUCCCCCGUGGACGAGAGCCGGGCGUGGAGGCGCUGUGACCGGGGCGGGGCGUGGGGCGAGGGGGACUACUCACGCUGCCCCUUCGAGAAGGACGUCACCCGCAUCCUGUACAUCAUCAACCAGAUGCCGUUGAACCUGACCAAUGCCGUGUCUACGGCCCGACAGCUUCAGGUGUACACCGAGGAGGCGGCCAACUUCUCAGACAAGAUGGACGUCAUCUUUGUGGCCGAGAUGAUCGAGAAGUUUGGCAAGUUUGCAGAGAAGUACAAAGAGCUGGGGGAUGUGAUGGUUGAUAUCUCCAGUAACCUGAUGAUGGUCGAGGAGCGGGUGCUCUGGUUGGCCCAGAGGGAGGCGAGGGCGUGUUCUCGUAUCGUGGAGAGUCUACAGAAGAUCGCUGCUCUCCGAUUGGCCAACGGGGCUCAGGCCUACUCUACGAUGUCCCAUAACAUAGCCCUGGAGGCUCACGUGCUGAAGGCAAGUGGCUUCAAUGGAAUGACGUGCACACUCUUCCAGAAGGCCACGCCCGACCGCACACAACUCAGCUUCAAGUGCAACGUCACCAGCACGCUCUCCACACUGGCACUCAAGAACACUGUAGUGGAGGCGUCUCUCCAGCUGCCUCCCUCCCUCCUCUUCUCCCUGGGAGCCAGCCAAUCAGAUGAGCCCGUCUACAAGCUCCACCUCCUGGCCUUCCGCAAUGGGAAGCUGUUCCCGCCCACCGGGAACUCCACCCACAUGGCCGACGCGGGGAAGAGACGGAGCGUCGCCACGCCCGUGCUGCUCACCAGGAUCGAUGGAGCUCCAGUGCGUCCUCUGUUGGGCGCGGUGAACGUUACCCUGCGGCGCUUCACUCACGGUUCCGACGCCACGCCAGGCCUCUGGAACUUCAGUCUGCAGGGCGGGCAGGGGGCGUGGCAGACCGAGGGCUGCCGCGCGAGUCACCAUGACGACAACUUCACCACCCUCUCCUGCGAUGUUCUCGGCAACUACGCCCUACUGAUGGACCUGAGGAGAGUAGAGGACAUUCCCUACACGUUCGUUCCUCUCCAUCCAGUCAUCUACGCCACGGCCGUCGUGCUGCUGCUGUGUCUGCUGGUCAUCAUGGGGAGUUACAUCUACCACCACAGGCGUGUGUGUGUGAGCCGUAAGUGUUGGCACAUGCUGGUGAACCUGUGUCUCCACAUCUUCCUCACCUGCGCCACCUUCAUCGGGGGCAUCAACCAGACCCGCUACGUCAGCGCCUGCCAGGCCGUGGGUAUUGUCCUUCACUACUCCACGCUGGCCACUGCUCUGUGGUCAGGAGUGACGGCCAGGAACAUCUACAAGCAGGCGACUCGUAAGGCCAAACGCUACGAGGAGCUGGACGAACCCCCGCCACCCCCCAGACCCAUGCUCAGGUUCUACCUGAUUGGAGGGGGGAUCCCCAUCAUCGUGUGUGGCAUCACAGCAGCAGCCAACAUCAAGAACUACGGCAGCCAGACCAGCGCCCCCUACUGCUGGAUGGCGUGGGAGCCCAGUCUAGGAGCGUUCUUCGGCCCGCUGGCGUUCAUCGUCUUCGUGGACUGCGUGUACUUCCUGUUGAUCGUGCUGCAGCUCCUCCGCCACCCGAGCGCCGCUACGAGCUCAAGGAAACCCAGCACUGAGGAGCAAGCAGCACCUGGCUGCCAUGGAAGACGACCUCCGACCCCCCCGCCUCGCCCCCCCCCGCCGUCCUGGAGAACGAGCACAGCUUCUGGGCGCAGCUGCUGGGGUGGGCGUCACCCUGGGGCUCUACCAUCGCGCUGUGGGGCCUGCGGGGGCGUGGCCCGUGCUCCCAGGACCCUCCCCCGUGGGGCUGGCCUUCGCGUGCCUUGUUGGGGGGGGUGGCCUGACGGCCCUCCGCCGCCAUUCCUGUCUCUCGCACCCACGGCGCCAACACGCCGGCGAACCUGCCGACCCCUGGGGGCCCGCUCCUGCCCUGCCCGCGAGCGGACCGUGCGACCCCCCCCCAUCGCACACGCUCACGCUGCCGCCGGGGGGCCACCCGUCCCCGCGGCAACGGCCAGGCAAUCCUAG